GACCUGCCACCGGAAGCUGGGCUUCUACUUCCGGGUCAAAGCCAUGGCGGUGGCAAAUUCAAGUCCAGUCAAUCCAGUGGUCUUCUUCGAUGUCAGCAUUGGCGGCCAGGAAGUUGGUCGCAUGAAGAUCGAGCUCUUUGCAGACGUGGUGCCUAAGACGGCAGAGAACUUUAGGCAAUUCUGCACCGGAGAGUUCAGAAAAGAUGGCGUUCCGAUAGGAUACAAAGGAAGCACCUUCCACAGGGUCAUAAAGGAUUUCAUGAUUCAGGGUGGAGAUUUUGUUAAUGGCGAUGGCACUGGAGUCGCCAGUAUUUACCGGGGUCCAUUUGCGGAUGAAAAUUUUAAACUUAGACACUCUGCUCCAGGUCUGCUUUCCAUGGCAAACAGUGGUCCCAGUACAAAUGGCUGCCAGUUCUUUAUCACGUGUUCUAAGUGUGAUUGGCUGGAUGGAAAGCAUGUAGUGUUUGGAAAAAUCAUUGACGGACUUCUAGUGAUGAGGAAGAUCGAGAAUGUUCCCACAGGCCCCAACAAUAAGCCCAAACUGCCAGUGGUGAUCUCACAGUGUGGGGAAAUGUAAUCUAGACAAGACGGAACCAGGUGAAAGGAUGUUUUCUAAAGCACACACAUGGAAGAAUGUUUCGCUGAAGCAGACACAAAAAGAAACGCACCAAAAAACUGCUAGUGGUGUUCUGGAGACUUCUUGCUGCUUCCUCAGACUUGAGCCAAUUGGCAGAAUGAUGUCAGCUGGUACUGAUUCACGUGGUGUUUUGCUGAGGACACGUGAUGUUUGGAGGAAGCAUAAACAAGACUCAAUGGACGGUGAUGGUGGGCUUGCAUAGCUACCUUUGCAACACGUCUUUGUCUUCACUGAUCUUUACUUUGUUGAGAGAGGCACGACAGAGAACUUUGCUUGGCAUCCCAGCUGGUCCUGGUCAAUCCUGCUGAUUCAGCGGAGGUCUGGCUGUUUCUGCUGGGUAGUGGUGCCAUUGCUGCUAAUUCAUGUUUGCUAUCCUGACUACUAAACUGGACUGCUGGUAUCCUGGCAAUUGGAGAUUGAAAUCUCCCCAAGGAACUUCUUCCAAACCACAUACAGCAGAGCCUCUCAGUUUCCUCUGGAUAGACCUGCCUGCUGUUGCUGAUUCUUGUGAACUGAUGAUGUCCUGACAACACAGACUGGAUUUGCUCCAAAGAACUAUUUCUAAACAAGUCCACCUCCCCCAUAACCUAAUAACCUUUCCCAUUAUCUCUGGUGAGUGGUGAACUGAAUAGAAGAAAGGUUAAAGCAUUUAAGAAACCUUACUAAAAGUCACUUAUUAAAAGCCUACACCAUG